ACUUUGUGAUUGUUUUUUAAAUCAUAGUUGUAUAAAUAAAUUGAAUACUCUCGUAUUAUCUCUUUAGUUGGCUGCAGUAACAAUUAUUAGAUUUAAAGAUGGAAAAAAUGAAACAAUUAAAAAGAAAAAGAAAAAGCAAUUUUAGCGUUCAAGAAACUCAAACACUCCUUAAAGAAAUUAGAAAAAGGAAAGAGGUACUUUUUUCCAAGCAGCUUAAUACAACAAUUAAUGAGAUGAAACGAAAGGCUUGGGAAGAAAUAGCAGAGUGUGUGAAUGCUGUAGGUGAAGGAGAGCAAAGAACAGGGACAGAAGUGAAAAGACGAUACCUUGAUUGGAGAGCACUCAUGAAGAGAAAGCGUCUGAAUGCAAACAUCAAACUGGUAGGCGCUGGGUUUCACCUUCCGUCAUCUGAUUUAGAUGACUCUGUCAAUGAAGAGAUGGAUGAGAAAGUGGGAUUUACAAAUGAAAACAGUUUUGAAUGGCUAAAUAUCACAGACUUCAGAGAAGCCAGUGGAUCUUUAACAGAAAUCAAGGUGGAAGAGGAGGAGGAUCCACAGAAUUUUGAAUUUCCUAUUGAGGAAGAAGAGGAAAUUUUGUCAUCAGUUUUGCCAGAUUCCAAAAAGGAAAGUGACCUACCUGAUUUCACCCACAUUGAAGAGUUUGGAAAUCUGAGCUCUGCUCAAGCCCGACUAGCCUACGAGGACUCUCAUUUACUCAUAAACUUGGAGAAACAAAAACUAGAACUGGAGAAACAGCGGCUGGACAUUGAAGCUGAAAGACUACAGGUGGAGAAAGAGCGCCUGCAGAUCGAAAAGGAGCGAUUACGGCAUGUAGCCCUCGAGCAUGAGAGACUUCAACUGGAGAAGGAGCGGAUCCAGAUUGAACGGGAGAAACUGAGGCUAGAGGCUCUGCGUGCUGAAAAACCUGCCCUGGAAAAUGACAUCACCCAAGUGGAAAAACCCAUUUUACAGCCUCUGGAUCUAGAAACUGAAAAAUUAAAACUCGAAAAGGAACGUUUACAAUUAGAGAAAGAGAGGCUGCAGUUUUUAAAAUAUGAAUCUGAGAAGCUGCAGAUUGAGAAGGAACGUUUACAAGUGGAAAAAGAACGCCUUCGAAUUCAGCGAGAGGGUCACUUGCAGUAA